AUGGCCAUUCCCAAGCACGGAAUUCUUCAAAGAGCCGAAGGCAAGAUGGCCUCUCUGCCAGUUCCGGAUGGCAUAGAUCUCAGCGAGUCCAGAGUUGCCAGCAUCAUUGGUGCUCUCAGUUGCACGUGGGCACUCGCAGCCAUCGCAGUUGCGCUUCGGUUUCUUGCCCGACGAAUACAAUCCAAUAAGCUUUGGUUGGAGGACUGGCUGAUCACUGUUUCCUUGACCGCAGCAGCUGUGCACGUUUUUAUAAGCAUAGGAUACAUGAUACCGAAUGGUACCGGUAAACACAUUUGGGUAGCGCCAACCUCGGCGACAAGAGCGUGGGCAAUUGGUCUUUUCGUAUCAGAAGUAGCGUACACAGUGACGUUAUCAACAGUCAAGUGGUCGACAUUGGCGCUCUACUGGCGAAUAUUCAAUGCCCGUAAAAGCAUCAGGUAUUACAUCUGGGCUAUGGCCGGCAUCGUCUUAGCUUGGUUCAUUGCUGUUAUUCUCGUUACGAUCUUCCAAUGUCUCCCUGUUCAUGCCUUUUGGGCACGCUACGACACAGUCAACCCCCUGUCGUCUGAUCAGUACACAUGCGGUGUUGAUGUCAAGAUGUUCUUCAAGGGAAACUCUAUUCCCAAUAUUAUAACGGAUGCACUAGUUGUAUUGUUACCUAUCCCCUAUGUGUGGAAGCUACAGCUGCACAAAGCACAGAAGUUCGCCCUUGCAGUUGACCUCACGUCACCUGACAUUACUUGGAAUUUCAUCGACACCAUUAUCUGGACUAAUGUCGAAGCUAACACAGCUAUCAUCUGCGCCUGUCUCCCAUGCCUGAAACCGAUCCUCAACCUCGCGCUGAAUGGCAGACUGAAAUCUUCGAUCAGACGAAGUGGCCAGAACUCUGGCGGACAAUACAUACUCAAUGACCGUACGAAGCCCAGCACUACAAAUGGAAGCAGUUACCUAGGAGGCUCUGGUACUGGGGCGAUGCGGAAAGGGGUUGGCGGCGGCGGUGCCGAGGACGAGCGCCCCUUUACUCGACUGAGUGAACGUGACUCUGAGCCAAGUAUCGAUAUCGCCAAUGAUGACGGUGGCAGUGGACAUGGAAGUUUGAGCAAAGCGGGAGUAACGAUAAAUACUCAAGGUGCGAGCGGGAAGCCAGCUUCAUAA